AGCUUAACAAGGCUCGGCUAACAACCGCGGAAACGUCUAAGUAACUAUUUAGUUUCUUUUCGAAUACGUCAAGAUCAUAAUAUAAAUACUUACUAUUAAUUUUUAGCCUACCAAGCCAAAAUUUACUUAAAUGAUUAGGUAAUUUCUAAUCAGGCAAUAAUUCAGGCAGUUUUUUUUAAAACUUUUCCUGACUUUUGUUAGAUUUAGAUGCUCAAAAGUGCAUCUUUAUCUUAUUACAUCAUUUCCGAAAGAAACUGAUUGAAAAUGUUUCAUUUCCGAAUUCGAAAGCAGAGCCUUCUCUUACUACUAGGCAUUGUUUGUUUUGCACAUGGCAAUAGUACGUUACCGGAAGUCUCUUCUUCAACAAUCCCAGCAAUCCCUCAAACAAUUACUAUAGACAUCUGCAACAUGGCUCUUGUAUCUGUAAAUGAUAUUAAACAUGCAAGACCAGUGAAAUGCACUUGCUCGUCCAUCGACGUUGAAUGUGGCCACCUGGACAUCGAAGAACUUCCAAAAUCAAUAUCGUUUCCAAAAAGGAUCAGUUUUGCAAAUUUCAAAGGGAACAAGAUUUCCAAUCUCAACUCUGAUACUUUCUACAAUGGACGAGACCUUUUAAAACUGGAUUUAUCUUAUAAUCGCAUAGAUUUCAUCAGCGUUAGUGCCUUUAAGGCUUUAAAAAGUUUAAUAACCUUAGACCUUAGCCACAACCGCAUAUGGAACUUGCCCGUAAACGCAUUCCAAGGAAUGACUCAGCUAAGAAAACUGGAUUUGAGUUUCAACGAUUUAAUAAAUGUAUUUCCCGACAUCCUUAUUCACCUGACAGAACUUCGGGAACUUAUUUUGGAAUCGAACCCAAUUCAAGAAUUAGAGCCAAAGCAGUUUUCGGCCUUACAGAAACUAGAAGCGCUCGAUCUGAAAGCCACUAAGUUGAGUGUCAUACCCGACCACCUUUUUAUUUUCACUCCAAAGCUGAAAAUACUUUCAUUAGCAGACAACCAGUUGACAGAAAUCCCAACAGAAGCUCUGAAAGUGUUAGACCAUCUCAAAGUACUGGAUCUUAGUGGAAACAGAGUAGAUAUCAUUAAAGCAGAAGCUUUCAUGGGACUUACGGGUCUUACAACCUUGUAUCUCGAAAGAAUGUCAAAGUUAACAAAGAUAGAAAAAUACGCUUUAGGGGAUAUGCUUCAUUUGCAAAAACUUCAAUGCAGUUAUAACUUUUUACUUUCUGAAAUAGAUGAGAGAGCAUUCAUCAAGAAGAGUACCAACGAGAAAGUUCCUUUAAUUCAACUCUUCCUAAGACAAAACAAUUUGGAAACAUUAUCGAAAGAUCUUCUUCAUUGGAAUGAUGCAGUGGAAUUGCAUUUACUGGAUAAUCCUAUGCACUGUGACUGUAAUAUCCAAUGGAUGGUUCACCAGAAACUUAAGAAUGACUUCCAAAGGCAUGUGAGGUGUUCUUCACCUUCUCAUUUGGAGAAUAUAGCGCUUAAAGACCUGAAAGAUUAUGAACUGACCUGCGGUCUUACUAUCACCGAAGUCGUCCUGAUUGCAUGUUCUGCGGUGAUAGCCCUGCUUAUUUUGAUUUUGAUCGUCGCUUUCUUAGUUUGGAAAAGGAGCUACGCUGGGUACAGGAAACCAUAUUUUGGCUACGGCCAAAAAACUCAUGAUGGUGACAUCGAUUACAAUGCUGAAGAUGGAAUGAGGAAAAAAUGGAUGAAUAUUUGUGAAGGACUUGAGGCUAGAUCAUCUGACACGAAAUUGUGGAAAUUGAUCAAAAAUAUUAGCAGUGAACAACCUCAGAUAAAGAGAUGUAAUGCUAUCUUAGAUACGGAUGGCAACAUCCCUAUAGAUGAAAAAGCUGCGGCUGAUCUCCUCGGGGCACAUUACCAGGAAAUAAGUGAGAUGACUUUUACAGAAGUUGAUAAAAAAGUGAGAAAAAGGUCUCGAGAUCUUGCACAUGGAUGUCGUAGUGCUGUCUCGGGCAAUCCUCUUUUCUUUAAAUCCUUCUCCAUGCAUGAAUUGGAGAUGGCACUUGAGGAUCUUGACUUGACCAAAACUCCUGGACCUGAUGGUAUCCAUGGCCAGAUCAUUGGGCAUCUUGGCACUCAUGCAAAAAAGAAAUUUCUGAAUAUAGUAAAUCAAUCUUGGAGUCUAGGACGCCUUCCUAAAGAGUGUAAAAGAGCCACAAUUAUACCUGUUGAGAAACCUGGCCAAACCAAUGGAUCUCCUGAGAGCUUUAGACCCAUUGCCCUAACCAGCAUAGCAUGUAAAGUCAUGGAAAAAAUGAUUAUGGGGCGGUUGCUUUUUCACCUGGACACCCACGACCUCCUACCAAAAGAACAAUAUGGUUUCAGAAGAGGUCAUAGCACAACUGAUCAAUUGGUCUAUCUCAGCCAGAAGAUUAGAGAUGCCCAAAAUAAGCGACCUACUAAUCAUACUGUGGCUGUUUUUCUAGACUUGUCAAAGGCGUUUGACCGUAUCUGGAAACAUAAACUAAUAGUUAAACUCUACGAAGAUUUUGGCAUCAGGGGUAAAGCCUUGAUCUGGAUCGCAGAUUUCUUAAGAAAUAGACUGAUAAAAGGAAAGCUUAAUUCCACUAUGUCAAACGCCUUUAAAUUGAGCCAAGGCGCCCUCCAGGGUUCUGUGUUGAGCACAAUUCUUUUCUACUCAUAUUUGGCUGGAAUUGAGAAGAUUAUAUCAAGGAGAUGUGAGGUAAUGGGCCCUACUUUUAAGGUCAGAAAGAAGAUGAGCAGUACCAUGACCAGUAUCAUUUGUUUCCUGUUUUUAUCAUUUUGCAGCACCUUUACAGUUGCAACUAACAUACUUUGUGCAACUCUUUGUGAAUGUGAAAAUAUUGAAGAUAAUGAAGUCGUUAUAGCAGACUGUUCGAGAGUUUACCUUGCUAUCGUUCCAUCGGUGGAUGACUGGCCGAUCAAUGUAACUCACAUGGACUUGAAUUCGAAUAACAUCUCAUCUUUAGAUGUUGGAAUGACGCAUGAUUUUCUUCAAGUGUUAGACUUAAGUCAUAAUAACAUCCGGAAAAUUGUACAAUAUGCAUUUGAUGGCUUAAAAGGUUUGCGCUAUCUCAACCUUGCAAGCAAUUUAAUUAAAACUUUGGACUAUAAUACCUUUUAUGGCUUGGAACAUCUUGAGUCUCUCAACUUAAGCAGCAAUAUUCUGGACACACUACCAGACGGUAUUUUCUACAAUUUCGUUGGUCUUCAAGAACUAUCCCUGGCAAGCAACCCUUUGGUCCAUAUAGAUCCAAUUCAUUUCAACAGGUUGAUUAACCUGAGAUGGCUAGAUCUUUCAAAUAUCGAUGGAUAUUCUUUAGCACCAAACUUAUAUCACACUGCAGCACAACUAGAGUUUUUAGAUUUAUCGGAUAAUGACUACCAUGAUGUUCCCACGGAUGCCUUACGCAGUGCCAAGAAGCUCAGGCACUUGAGAUUGAACGAAAAUCCAAUCGAAACCCUAGACAGAAAAUCAUUCGUUCGUCUAAGUUCUCUGGAGAUUCUGGAACUGAAUUACAUGGAAAAUCUGAAGGAAAUUGGAGAACGUACGUUUACAGAUCUUGUCAGACUUCAUACUUUAGAAAUGAAAUAUAAUCGUCGGCUGAAGCAGAUCAAUGCAUUUGCUUUUGAGGGGUUAUUCAAUGAGACUAGACCUACGCUUCAAGAGCUGGAUUUCGAAGGCAACGAAAUUAGCUCGUUUCGGAAGGGUAACAUCCAGUGCGCAAAGAUGAGAAAAUUCAACCUUCAGAAGAAUCCUUUAAAUUGUGAUUGCAAUUUGAAAUGGAUUAAGGAAUGUCAGAUUCAACAAAUAUAUGCUGCAGAUUUAAGGUAAGUGCUUAUCUGAAAGAAAAUUUUAAGAUAA